AAGCGCAGUCGCCAGGAAGGGGGAAGCCAGGAAGGGGGAAGCCAGGAAGGGGGAAGCCAGGAAGGGGGAAGCCAGAAAGUUGGACAGAGAGGGACGAGCCCAGUGGCUGAACCCGACCCCUUCCCCCAUCCCAGCACCUCCCACUCCCCUGGGCUCCAGUUGGCUCCAGUUGACUCCAGUUUCUUUCCUUCCUGGGUCAGGACAAGGAGCUGCAGGACCAGCAGCAGCGGUAACAGAGCCAGCGGCAGCAGCCCAGGCCAGAGCAGCAUGGACAAGACCGGCUCCGGCCCAGACCUCGCCCUGCUGCUGCCCCCGCAGACCCUAGAGUCCCUGGCCGACGCCUGGCUGCACGAGGACUGCCCGGGCCCGGACUACGCCGCCGUGGCCGCGGGAGCCGCCCCGUCCCGGGCCGCCCUCUGGGCCAAGUCCCGCGGGGUACUGGCCGGGCAGCCGUUCUUCUCGGCCGUCUUCGCCAGGCUCGGGUGCUCGGUGUCCUGGGGCCUCCCCGAGGGCUCCCCGUUGGAGCCGGUGGUCCAGGUGGCCGAGGUCCGGGGGCCCGCCCACCGGCUGCUCCUCGGGGAGCGGACAGCCCUCAACGCCCUGGCCCGCUGCAGCGGGGUGGCCACCGCGGCCUCCGAGGCCGUGGCCGCCACCCGGCGGUCCGGCUGGGCCGGGCGGGUGGCCGGCACCAGGAAGACCACGCCGGGCUUCCGCCUGGCCGAGAAGUACGGGCUGCUGGUGGGCGGCGCCGCGGCCCACCGCUACGACCUCGGGGCCUUGGUCAUGCUGAAGGACAACCACGUGCUGGCCGCCGGAGGCGUGGACCAGGUGCGGGCCCAGCGGGCGAUGGGGUUCGAGCUGAAGCUGGAGGUGGAGUGGCGGCAGCCUUGCAGGAAGCUUGGCCACCGCCGCGCGGGGGCUGACCUGGUCAUGCUGGACAACUUCUCCCCAGAGGAGCUGCAUCUCACGGCGGCGGCCCUGAAGGCCCAGUUCCCGGCGGUCAAGGUAGAGGCGAGCGGGGGCAUUUCCCUGGCCAACCUCCCCCAGUUCUGUGGGCCUCACAUCGACGUCAUCUCGCUGGGUGCGCUGACCCAGGCUGCCCCCGCCCUCGACUUCUCCCUCAAGCUGCUCCCGUCUGACGGGAACCCCAAGAACUGCCUCGUAGGAAACUGAGCUGGAGAGAGGAAAUGGGAACGGCAGGGGACAGAAGAUUGGGCAGCGGCUCGGGGCCUUGCUCCAUGGAAGAGCCUCCCGGCUGAGACCAGGGCUGGGGGGACCAGUUCUCUUCCCUCAUGUUUUCCUGUGCGUUUUUCUGAAUUGAAGAAUUUCCCCCAUUUCUUGCCCUUUUGAUUAUAUUCCCAGAGUUUCAUAUGCCUGUCCUCCCCUUCUUAGGCUGUGAACCCUUUGGGAAGCUGAGGAUCUCAUCCUCAUUGAUUUUUUUCUUCCCAUCAUUGCCCUGGCCCUUGCUCAGUGCACCCACAUGGCGAAUGCUCAAUAAAAGUUCAAGUAUAAUGAUUACAAUCACAAAA